AUGGGGCAGCCGGGGACCAGGCUGGCCCUCCUCCUGCUGUUCCUGCUCCCCAGGCAGGGUGCUGACGCCUGUGGUACCAGCAGGUGCUGUUUUCAGGACCCGCCCUAUCCGCAUGCAGACUCAGGGUCUCCUCCAGGCUCCGCCUCGGGCCCCAGGGACCUGAACUGCUACCGGAUAUUUGGUGCUGGUUAUGAAUGCUCCUGGGAGUAUGAGGGUCCCACGGCUGGGGUCAGCCACUUCCUGAGGUGCUGCCUCAGUCCCAGGCGCUGCUGCUACUUCUCUGCAGGCGCGGCCACCACGCUGCAGUUCUCCGACCAGGACGGCAUACCUGUGCUCUCUAAUGUCACGCUCUGGGUGGAAUCCUGGGCCACCAACAGGACGGAGAAAUCACCCGAGCUUACCCUGAAGCUACACUAUAGCUCUGUUAAAUACGACCCUCCGCCAGGAGACAUCCAGGUGUCGGCGGCGGCUGGGCGGCUGUACCUGAAGUGGGAGACUCCAGCCGGCCAGGAUGGCGCUGAGGUGCAGUUCCGGCACCGGACGCCUGGCAGCCCGUGGAAGUUGGGUGACUGUGGACAUCAGGAUGACGCUGGCUUUGAGUCGUGCUCCUGCCCGCUGGAGGUAAACGAAGCCCAGGAGUUCCAGCUCAGACGGCGGCGGCAGCUUGGGCCUGGGACCCCGGGGGGGCCCUGGAGCAGCUGGAGCAGCCCCGUGUGCGUCCCUCCCGAAACCCCCCCAAAGCCCGAGGUGCUGCUCUUGAUGGAGCCGCUUGGCACGGAUGGGAGGAGGCAAGUGACCCUGCAGGGGCAGCUGCCUCAGCUCCAGCUCCCAGAAGGCUGCCAGGGGCCUACGUCUGACGCGAAAGUGACCUACUGCCUCCACCUGCACAUGCUGUCCUGUCCCUGUCAGGCCCAGGCCACGAGGACCCUGAGGUGGAGGACAACACUCAACCUGUCGGGCGCUGCUUACAACCUGGCUGUCAUCUCCCAGAAUCGCUUUGGCCCCGGCCCCAACCAGUCGUGGCACAUUCCUGCCCACGCACACACAGAACCAGGAGCUCUGAAUAUCAGUGUCGGGGCCAAUGGCACCACUGUGAGCUGGACAGCCUGGGCCCCGGGCCUGACAUACUGCAUCGAGUGGCAGCCCCAGGGCCCGGACCAGAGCACUGCCACCUGCACCCUGACUGCGCCCAGAGACCAGGAUCCUGCUGGCCCUGUAACCCACCUCUGGAGCCAAGCGUCUGGGGCGUUGGGGCAGAAGGUGUGUUACCGCAUCACCAUCUUUGCUUCUGCAAAACCGAAGAAGCUCAACUCAUGGUCCACGGUUUUGUCUACCUACCACUUUGGGGGCAAUGCCUCAGAGGUCGGGAGCCCGCAGCACAUGUCAGUGAAGAUGCUCAGCCGGGACUCGGUGUCUGUGGACUGGAUGCCAUCUCUGCUGAGCACCUGCCCCGGCGUCCUAAAGAAGUACGUCGUACGCUGGCGGGAUGAGGACAGCAACGAGGUGUCUGAGCUGCCCGUGAACCACACACAGACCCAGGUCACCCUUGGUGGCCUGCGAGCUGGCACAGCCUACAGCGUGCAAGUGCGAGCAGACACAGCGACACGGAGGGGCGCCUGGAGCCAGCCACAGCACUUCCACAUGGGGAUCCCGCUCCUGGAGGUGUCUGAUAUGACCAUCAUCCUCACAUCUCUGGGGAGCUUCCUGAGCAUUCUCCUCCUGGGUGUCCUAGGGUACUUCAGCCUGAACAGGGCCCUGCCGCGCCUGUGCCCGCCCCUGCCCACGCCCUGUGCCAGCACCGCUGUCAAGUUCCCCAGCGGCCAGGGGAAGCAGGCUUGGCAGUGGACCAGCACGGCAGACUUCCUGCAGGAGGAGGAAGAGUCCCUGAAAGAGGCCCUGGUGGUGACCAUGCCCUGUGAAACAGGCAGCGCGGCUGACUCCGACACACCCUGCCCUCCCAAGGACAAGACGGGGCUGCGUUGGGACACCUCUGAGCCAGCUCUAGACGCAGGGCUGCCCUGGGAAGACAGGAGACAGGUGCAAGGACACUCUGAGGUGGGGGCUCUGGGGCCCAGUGGGCAGGACAGUCUGGAGGGCAGCCCGGCCGAGGCGGCUGGACUGUCCCUGCUCCUGGGAGACCAAAUGCAGAGCCCCAGGUCCGAUGGGACUUGA